CCUGGAUUGUGCUAAUCUGCAAAAACAGCGAGUCAAUCAGAGACACACGGCCGAACUCACGAGAGAGAGUGGCAUGAAAUACUUUUCAUACAAACUGACGCAGGAUGUUUAGCUGGGUGGUGAAAGUUGUUCCCCAGCCUCCCGAACCACCCCGACCCCUGGGAGAGGAUGUGAAGCCGGAGCCUGAGCCCACACCACCCCCUCCUGCGCCGGUAAAGAAACCUGUUGAAGUGAAAGAGAAAGUUUCCCAACCCCAGAAUGUUGCAGCUAAACCAGCCAAGAAGCCGCCAGAACCAGCAGAGAGUUCAUCAGCAGCGUCUGCAGAGGAAAAGAGUGCUUCUGGAGGGGUGUUGAGUUGGUUCUCCCAGGGACUGGACAGUGUGCUGCCCAAGCCAGUGGACAGUCUGCGGCUGCCCAGAGCCAAUGCAGAGACAGAGCAGCAUACCAAACAGGAGGAACAGAAAAAAGUGCCUCAGGUCAAGGAGAAUGCAGCAGCCACAACUAGCGAGCCAGAAGAAGAGCAGGGCGGGGUGUUCAGCUGGAUAGUGCAGGGACUGGCCAAGGUGGUCCCCCAGCCCGAGGACAAGUAUAAAGAUUCUGAAGUGGAGGAGAACCCCACAGAGGUGGAAACAGUCAAAGAGGAGGAAAAGCCACCGCCGCCAAUGGAAGAACCGGCAAUUAAAAUUAUCGAGGUUGUGUCAGUGUCGGAGGAUUCGAAAGACGCCUUGUCAGAAAUCGACAAUGCAGCUCAGACCAUCCCUUCCUUCACAGCAAGCACGGCCAGUGUGUUCAGCUGGCUCAAACAAGGACUUGAGAAGGUGGUGCCCCAGCCUGCAGAGCUGCACGCGCCUCUCAACACAGAGACUGCGCAGAAGCAGAAGCUGGCAGAAAAGAAGGAGGAAGCACCUGCAGCUAAACCUGAAGCACCAGCGAAGAAAGAGGAAGUAAAGGAGCCGCCCCCACCUGUUAAAGAGGCAGCACCACUCGCAGAGCCAGCGAAAGUCUCAGAAGAAGCUCCUAAACCAACCAGUGCUGUAAGCUGGUUUGUUCAAGGGCUUGAGAAGGUUGUUCCACAGCCUGUGACGAGAUCCAAGCAGGACAGGACAGAGGAGAAAGAUGAUGGAACUUCAAGUCAAGUGCAAGAAAUCUCUAUCCUCCCGGAGACUGUGGAGGACAUUGUGGUGGAGGAGGUAGACUCGGACUGGGAGAAUGAAAAACAAGAAGAGCCCGAGGGACAGCUGACCCAACCAGAGCCUGAAAAGGAGGAGACCCCAGCAAUGACCGUGCAGGAGCUGGAGCCAGAGCAGGAGCAGCAGGGUCAGCAAGAGGAAACACAGGGGGAGGACACACAGACCCUGGCAGCGCAACACCAACAGCCACAGAAACCACUCAUUCAGACCCGCAUAGUGGAGCUGGAAGACGCAGAGACGCAGACAGAGAGAUGGACACCUCUCCUCCAACAGCAACAAGCAGAGGCCGCUGAGGAAAAAAGUCAAGAAGAGAAGGCGGAGACAGAGCACUCUGAGGAGGAAGAUUUGCCCUAUAUCCCAGAGGAGGAUGAAGAGGAUCCAGAGUUACAGGUUACGUACGAGCAGAGUGAGGAUGAGGAGGAGAUCUUAGAAGCUGAGAGGAUAAAAAGGUGCCUGGUGGACGUGUGUCCGGCCCGGGGCUUCCCCAGCCCUGUCAGAGAGAAGCCAGGACAGGAAGUCAAAGUUGUCCAAGAGGUAGAGCCAGUAAGGUUACCAGAACCAAUACAGGAAGUGGAGCCAAAGCAGGAAGUGGAGACAUUACAAGAACCAGAGCCCGUACAGGAAGUGGAACCAGAACCAGAGCCAGAACUAGAACCAGAAAAGGAAGUUGGGCCAGUAGAACCAGUGAAGGAGCCACAGCCAGUAAAAAAAGAAAAAACAGAAAAGGAAGAAGUAGUUGAACCUCCUGUGUCCACUGAGCAGGAAGAAGAAUCGCAGGUGAUUGAAGAGGAGUGUGAUGAGGGCUCCAAGGUGAGCCUGCACCCGGCUGUAAACGUAGAAGAUGUAGACUCAGCUGGAGACUCCAGCAGCGCCCCCGGAUCUCUCUCACUCCCGUCCAUCGUUCACCCGUCGUCAGCACACGCCAGCACCACCCUGACCGUGCCUGGAGUCCCUGCCACAGCCAGGAGAAAGAAGCUGUAUUCCCAAGGGGACAGUGUGGAAGAGACCGAGACUACAAUCAAAGCCUGGCCCAGUCAAUGCAGUCUGCAACCAGACGAGGAGGAAGAUCGGGCACCGUCUGUGACCAGCCAGACCAGCGCCAUCGUGAGCGAGAGGCUCCAGGAGCUGGUCAAGUUGUUUAAGGGCCGAACGGAAAAAGUGAAGGAGAAGCUGAUUGACCCUGACAGCAGCUCAGAUGAGGAGAGCCCCUCUGCUUCUCCCGCGAAGAAAGCCCCGCCCCCUCCCCCCGAUGUGAAGAAGGAGGAGAAGAAAGAGGAGGAGGAAGAGGAGCAUUACUGCGAGAUGCUGUGCUGCAAAUUCAAGACCAUGCCCUGGAUGAUGCGGCUGAAGGAAUACCGCUUCCCCGCGAGCAUCGACCCCUACACCAAUCUGAUGUACGUGCUGUGGCUGUUCUUUGUGACCUUGGCCUGGAACUGGAACCUGUGGCUGAUCCCCGUGCGGUGGGCGUUCCCCUACCAGACUCCCGAUAACCUUUACCUGUGGCUGCUCAUGGACUACUUGUGUGACCUCAUCUACAUCCUGGAUAUCUUCAUCUUCCAGGCCCGCCUACAGUUUGUGCGCGGCGGAGACAUUAUCACUGACAAAAAGGACAUGAGAGAAAAUUAUAUGAAAUCACAAAGAUUCAAGAUGGAUGUGAUUUCCCUUUUCCCCCUGGAUCUGCUGUAUUUAAAGCUGGGUGUGGUAUCAGUCCUACGAUUCCCACGGUUAUUAAAAUAUAGCGCCUUCUACGAGUUUAACGACCGUCUCGAGGCAAUUCUGAGUAAAGCAUACAUUUACAGAGUUAUCAUAACGACGGGAUAUUUACUGUACUGCCUGCACUGCAACGCCUGUCUCUUUUACUGGGCAUCUGACUACGAAGGUCUUGGAUCAACAAAAUGGGUUUAUGAUGGAGUGGGAAACAGUUAUAUCCGAUGUUACUACUUUGCCGUGAAGACUCUGAUCACCAUCGGGGGCCUGCCCGACCCAAAGACCCUCUUCGAAAUCAUCUUCCAGCUUCUCAACUACUUCAUCGGAGUGUUCGCUUUCUCCGUCAUGAUUGGUCAGAUGAGAGAUGUGGUCGGGGCAGCGACAGCGGGGCAGACUUAUUACCGAGCCUGCAUGGACAGCACCAUCAACUACAUGAACUUGUACAAGAUUCCUCGCAGUGUUCAGAAUCGGGUCAAGACCUGGUACGACUACACCUGGCAGUCCCAGGGCAUGCUGGAUGAGCAGGAACUGCUGGUGCAGCUCCCGGAUAAGAUGAGACUGGACAUCGCUGUCGAUGUCAAUUACCAGAUCGUAGCGAAGGUGGCGCUCUUUGAGGGUUGUGACAGACAGAUGAUUUAUGACAUGCUGAAGAGGUUGAAGUCUGUGGUGUACCUGCCGGGGGAUUUUGUCUGUAAGAAGGGUGAGAUUGGAAGAGAGAUGUACAUCAUCAAAGCUGGGGAGGUGCAGGUGGUAGGGGGUCCGGAUGGGAAGACCGUCUUUGUUACACUGCGAGGAGGAUCUGUGUUCGGGGAAAUCAGCCUGCUGUCUGUAGGAGGUGGGAACAGGCGGACAGCUAACGUGAUGGCACACGGUUUCGCCAACCUGUUUAUCCUGGACAAAAAGGACCUGAACGAGAUUCUCAUCCACUACCCCGAGUCGCAGAAGGUGCUGCGCAGAAAGGCCAAAAAAAUGCUAACCAAAGACACCAAAAAGGCAGAGGGGGUUGAGCCAAAGGGGGUACAGCACGUGAUCCCCCCUAGACCUGAGACCCCCAAACUCUUAAGAGCUGCACUCGCACUCACCCUUAAAACCAGAAAAAGCGGGUCCUUCAGCAAGCUCAAGAUGAAGAAAUCCAGCUCUGUGGAGCCCCAGCCUUCCAGCUCGAUGCCCGUGCCGCCUGCCUCCCCAAUGCACCGCCGCUCGCCCGUCCCGCAGACCAAGCUAGCGGAGGAUGACGAUGAUACGGAGGACAUGGUGUCGGAGAGUGCGGACGGCUCCAUGCUGUUCCGCAUGAGCCCUUCACACACAGGCGAAGACCAGGUCCUGACCGUGGAAGGGGUGCCCAAAGAGAAAGAGGACCCCAAGGAAUAACCACCAGCCAUUGGAGGAGACCCAAACAUUCACUGUGCUUGGCAAUGAUCCACAUGCUGCAGGGAGAUCGGCCGUUGUCCGCUGCUGCGUUGAGUGCAGGAUUGAACUCACCAAUGCUGUGUCACAGUAUAUCAGCGCAGCCUCCAAUAACAGCAUUGUAACUGCAGUCGUGAACUGCAACUACAGUGCGGUUAACCCUAAACUGCCAUUACAGGGAGCUCCUCAGUUGAUCUAAACAGUUAUUUGUCCCGAUUUAUAUGUAACAGUACAGAGUUCCAAUGAGAAAAAAUAAAUUUAGCAGGACUCCUAAAACUCACUUACUGAAUAGUAAGGGCUACUUAUAUGGUAAUGUUGUGCACGGCUUAAAAUAAGCUCAGGCAUGUUUUUGUUUUGUUUCUGUUUUGGAUCUUUUUGUCCUGCAAGUAGCCUAAGCUGUACCUACAGGCUGUGAGCAGCUGCUGCCUGUCAUCACAAACCAUGUGUGGUCUGGCUCCAAGUCUGGUGUUGUCCACCUAAGCUGCCUAUCUCAGAACCAAGGAACUCACCACUAAGCCAGGGAAAUAAGACUCCAUUCUUACACACUUGCAUCACUGUGUAGAAACACAGUACGCAGUAUAUUAAGGUACAAGCCUUCAGCAGGUCACACUCUCAAAUGUGACGUUUUUUGAUGGCUUUUUAUGUUGCUGUGUAGAAAUCUGUUUAGGUGGAGAGGUGUGAGAAUGCUCCCCCGUACCUGCCCACCCUAUGCUCUUUUUUAUUUGCAUUCAGCUCAAAGGGGGCUUUUCUUUUGUGUAGACGUUUCCGGGGGUGAAGUUUAAAAGUUACUCUUGUUCAUAGUUAGUGGGUGUUGGAAGGCACAGUGCAGUGGGCUGAAGCAGGAGACCACCAUGCUUUGAGCAUGAUGCCUCACUCUCAUUCCUGAACAGGGCCGUGUUCGAGCACAGAAGCGUUAGAAAACAUCCCCAACACUGCUUUCCAGAGACCACAUACUGGAGCGAUCGUAAGCAAACAUGUUUGGCACCUUUCUUCUGGUAGUAAUUUCAUGCCACUCCAGACGGUGCUUUUUGAAAUAAUGUCCAAUCAGAGCCAGGAUUGGAAACACCAGAACUCAUUUCAAUAUACUGUACUUCAAAAACAGAGUACCUGUCGUGAAUUAGCAGGUACUAUUUUACUUUUAAACUUUUUGUGUCCAGUUCAAGUACUGUAGAGAGUCAAGGUAAAGGUUGCAUUGUACACUACAUAUAGACAUACAUGUAAAGUGUUCAGUCAGAACAAAUCUAAUUAUGAAUAAUCAUAAUUGUGAAAUAAUAAGAGUGCACAGUGUCUCUAACUCAUUUUUAUGUACGAAUGUAAGAAUAUAGCCUGCCUGGUAUUAUGAUACUGCAGUUUUUAUUUAUUUCUAUAUCUUUGAAAUAUAUUGUCAGGUCAAUCAGCACCAUGUUAUUUCUGAACACAAAAAAUGUUACUGUGCUUAAAUAUGACAGUGUUUUAGGUAAACAAAAUGGGUUUUUUUUGCAAUAAACUGUAUAAUGUAUUUGAAUAAGCUUUUUAUAUGCUGCUGCUUGUAAUAAAAUACACUGUCUGCUGGUUUAUUUAUUUUAUAGCAGUGCUCAAUAAAAUGACUUACAACUGGA